GAGAGCCGCGGCUUCAGGGAAGACGCCCCAGGACACCCAGGCAGGUGAAGAGGAAGUCACUGCCUUUUUCCCCCUCUUUCCUGCUCCAUCUCCCAGCCCAGCAUGGCCCCCAGCUGCAGGACAGCCCCACUGCCGUCCUGCCGGGUACGCAUAGGGAUCUCCUUCCCCUUCCCUCUGGCACGACGACAAAUCCCAUCCACUCCUUGUCCUUCCUGCCCCAGACAAGGAGCUGAACAUGGAGAUCAGGGAGGACAAAUCCCCAUGGCAGAUCCUUGUGGAAGAGGCCGUUUUGAGUGGCUCCACGGAACAGGAAUCCAACGGGGAGGAAAAGCUCUGGCGAUCCCGCAAGAGGAGGGGCUGCAAACUCAGAUCACAAGGAUCUGAGGAGGAAAGACCCACCCUGUGCCGGGAAGGCAGUCAAAGAUCGAGCCUGAGCUCAGGUCAUGUGGUCCAUGGUGGGGAGAAGCCUCACAAGUGCUUGGAUUGUGGGAAGAGCUUCAGCCAGAGCUCUGACCUGAUCAGCCACCAGAGGAUCCACACUGGGGAGCGACCCUAUGAGUGUGGGGAGUGUGGGAAGAGCUUCAGAGUCAGCUCACACCUGAUCUGUCACCAGAGGAUCCACAGUGGGGAGAGGCCCUACGAGUGUGAUAAAUGCAGGAAGAGGUUUCAGACCAGCUCCAAUCUCUUGAAGCAUCAGCAGAUCCACACUGAGGAGAGGCCCUUCCAGUGUCCCGACUGUGGGAAGCGCUUCAACCGCAACUGCACCCUCAUUAGGCACCGGCGCAUCCACACUGGGGAGAGGCCCUACGAGUGUGAGGAAUGUGGGAUGAGCUUCAGCCGGAGCUCCCACUUGAUCCGCCACCAGAGGACCCACACUGGAGAACGGCCCUAUGAGUGUGGGGUUUGUGGGAAGAGCUUCAGCCAGAGCCCCAACCUGAUCCAGCACCAGAACAUCCACAGUGGGGAAAGGCCGUACAAGUGUGGGGAAUGUGGGAAGAGCUUCAGGCAGCGUUCCCGCCUGAUCAUCCAUCAAAAGAUCCAUACUGGGGUGAGACCCUACGAGUGUAGGCAGUGUGGCAGGAGGUUUCUGAGCAGCUCCCGUCUCCUUGAACAUCAGCAGACACACACAGAGGAGAGGUCCUAUGAGUGUCCAGAGUGUGAGAAGAGGUUUCCCACUAGCUCCAGUCUCCUCCUGCACCAGCGGAUUCACAGAGAGGAGAGGCCCUUCCGCUGCCCUGACUGCGGGAAGGGCUUCAUGCACAACUACCGACUUACCACCCACCAGCGCAUCCACACUGGGGAGAGGCUCUAUGAGUGUUCUGAGUGUGGGAAGAGCUUCUCUAGGAGCUCUCACUUGACCCGACACCAACAGAGGCACCGAAAAAGUGGAGUAAGUGAACCAUCAUAAGAACAGAUUGAAACCACUAAGAACAAUGGCCAGCACCUGGACUUGGUAUCAAUCAUGAAGCAGAGGACCUUGGAUCGUGCCAGAAGGUCACAGAGACCUGAUGAAGACUCUCCUGACUUCAUCCUCUGAGACCACUGACCCAAUUAAAGACCACCAACCCAAUUCAAGAGAAGAAUUGCGCAGGCACAAAGGACUAAUAGCAUCAUUUUAAUACAGAGCGGGGGAAUGGGAGGUGCUGGGUGGGUUAUGCAUAUGUAUUGUAUGUAAGAUCUUGGAAAAUAAAUAGAGAGCAAUGAGCCUUGUUUGGGGCGGCCACGCCUUUCGGAGAUGACUCCCGUGCCGCCUGGUGGUGAAUAAAUAUACCACUUUCUAACUUUAAUUAGUUAGAGGGUCUUUGUCUGUGACUAUAUCGGUUUUCAAUGACUCAGUUGGCAAGCCAGGCAGGAGAAGGUUUUGCUUGGCUGUGAGACCAGCUCGGGUGGAGGACCCCCUUGGGGCACCCCCAGGAUAUUCCUGGAAGAGUGGGCUCCACUGCCCGUCCUGUUCAUCCAGCAGCAGACAAGAACUCCUGACUACUAAAACUCCGGACAAAAAGGUAUGUUUAGGAAAAUUGAAACAGUUUGAACAGUGACCUGUAAGGUGUAUGCAUGGUCAGGAAAGGCUGUUGUAAGUUGUGGGAGACGUCCCACAAACAACUUGUGCCUCUGUAGUGUGCUGGCAAGCUUGAUUGAUAUCUGGGCAGUUGCACUUGGUUGCCAGCAGAGAAAGCUGUUAAGAUGUUGUACUGGGCCAUGGAGGGCUCAGGUUGGUGUUGCUGGCAGAAGGAGAUUUUGCCAUUUGUUGUGCCGUACAGGGCUCACCUGCUAGAAUCCAGGGCUAGCAAUUGUAAGGGCAAAUCCUGGUUUGUGGUUGUUAAAGGGGAUUUCGCCAUUUGCUGUGCUGUAAAGGGCUCUGUUUGCUAGCAAUCUGGGGGCUAGCAAUUGUAAGGGCAAAUCCUGAUUUGUGGUUGUUACACUGUGUGAAUGUGUCCUGACUGAGAAUGAUUGAGAGAGAGUUUGUUGAGACGUGCUACCAGGACGAAGUGAUUGAGGAGUUUGGACCUGUGGUUCCGUUUUCGGGCGACUGAAAUGGCCGGAGAAAAAAGAAGUGAGUGAGGUGUAUGAAAACCCUUAAAGCCCCCUCCCCACUGUGACUGUGGUGUGUGUGUUUUGGUUACCGGGAUGGUAUUCACUGUAACUGUAUUUUUGAGGAAACAUCCAUCUUGUGUUAAAAGCUGUAAGUGCAGCACAUGCUGAGUGAAAGAGUUGAUUAGCCUCUGAGAGCUGAGGUGUGAAUGCUUUUGAAGUAGAUUGAGGACAGACAGAGGACAGGACCAGUUUGGCAAGGAGAAAUAGAAGCCCUUGACAAGAGCUUGGUUGUGAUUUUAGGUACGGAGGUUGUGUCUGUAGGUUAUUGGAAUUAAAAUAAGGGUAACUUAAGUCUGAGAACUCAAUCUGGCCAGACGAAUAAAAGGAAUUCCUUUACCUCAGUGGUUUGGGCUUGACUCGUAGGAGUUUGUGAAUUCAGUAAACUGGUGGAUAGACAGAGAAAAUUUAAAAAUAUAUUUAGAAGUUCUGUAUCUCAUGUCUGCUGGAAGACUAGUGGAUCUGGAUUGGGAGCAAUGGGCUGUAGAGAAUUUAGAAAGUCAAGAAGGAGUGAAUGGAAUAGCUUGUAUUUUUGGGAAUUUUCCUGCAGCUUUUGGUGCAUCUAGAGGUUGUCACUGUGCCUGGGUGCUUUUGCAGUGUAAAAUUUGUGCGGGACGUUACUAUUGUUCUUCUGCUAACUGGUACAGAGAAUGUGCCCAGUGUAAACAACAGCUUCUUGAUCAAGCUGAUUUAGAGCCAAAUAUUUUAACACAUUUAGUAAAGCAAUUUUUAUUUUCAACUCCAACUCCAGCUUUAAACCAAAGCAAUUUCUAUUUCAACUCUGUCUCCAGCUCUAAGCACAGCUGAAGUUCAGCUUCACCUUCUAUUUUAUCCCCUACUCUGACUACUCCACUUACUCCUAAAUCUCUCCUACUGCCCAGCAGUGACAGUGAGGAAGAGGAGCCCUCUCCAAAGGUUCCUACAGCAUCCCAGACUCAGAAACAAACCACAGAAGAGGACAUCGAAAAGGGAAGGCCGUGGUUGCUCAUGUUAAGGAAAACUGAGGUGAACCGGAGGAUCUUACCCUAGGAGACCCUCUGGUUGUAAUACACUAGGGAAAAAAGAAAGAGAAAUGAAGUUUUUGAUAAACACAGGGGGCAACAUAUUCAGUGUUAAAUAAAGCUUUAAUACCAAUAACAGAUGAUUAUGUUAUGGUAAAAGGGGUAACUGGCCAAUCUGAAAAGGCUUAUUUUUGUAGGCCAUUGAAUUAUAAACUUGGGAAACAAUGGGGAAUUCACAGGUUUUUAUAUAUGCCCAAUGCUCCAUCAGCACUUUUGGGUAGGGAUCUAUUGGAACUAUUAGAGGCAAAAAGAAGACUAUUUAAAAAUUGAGAGAUUACUUUGGAGGUUAAGGACCAACAAUAUGUGGAAUUGUUAAGCUUGAUGUAGAUAACUAAUGAGGCUAAAGUUAAAAGUGAAGGUGAGAUUUACAAGAAAAUAAUGGAUCAAGUAUUUCCUGGGGUUUGAGCUUUUAACAUACCAGGAGAGCAAAGAAUGCACCCCCAGUGCAAGUUAAGUUUAAAGAAAGAAAGCAACUAGUUAGAGUUAAGCAAUACCCCUUGAAAAAAUAAAAGUUAAGGGAUUAGCCCAGUGACUGAAAUUUUUUUACCUGUUAAAAAGCCUGAUGGAUCAUAUCAAAUAGUAUAAGAUUUAAGAGCUGUUUAUAGGAUAACUAAGGAUUUAUACCCAGUGGUUGCCAACCCCUACACUUUGUUAACUUGUUUAACACCUGAACUAACAUGGUUUAUUGUUUCAGAUUUAAAGGAUGCUUUCUUUUGCCUUCCUCUACAUGAAGCCAGCCAGAAAAUUUUUGCAUUUGAAUAAAAAACUCAGCUCACGUGGACAGUGCUUCUGCAGGAGUUCAAAAAAUUUGUCCACUUUGUUUGGAGAACAACUAGCAAAAGAUCUGGAAUCCUGGGAGUUCCAUCAGGAGAAGGACAGAACAGCUGGUUACAGUAUGUGGAUGACCUCCUGAUAGCUACCAAAACUCAAGAGGCAUGUCUGGAGUGGAUGGUAAGCCUCCUAAACUUUUCGGGCCUACAGGGGUAUCACAUAUCUCAGAAGAAAGCCCAGAUGGUGAAACAAACAGUUAUUUAUUUGGGCUACGAGGUUGGUACUGGACAAAGAGCCUUCAGAGAGGAUCCCAAGGGAGCAAUAUGCCAGACCCCAAAACCCCAGACAGUAAAAGAACUGAGAACUUUUUUAGGCAUGACAGGGUGGUGCAGACUGAGGAUUUAUAACUAUGGGUUGCUUGUAAAACCUCUGUAUGCCCUCAUCACAGAAGGGAGCAGAGAUCUUCAGUGGACAAAAGAAGCAACCUGAGCCUUCGACCAGCUAAAGAAGGCCCUUAUGUCAGCUCCAGCCCUGGGACUUCCAAACGUGAGUAAACCAUUCUUUUUGUUUUCAUACGAGAAGCAGGGGAUUGCCUUGGGAAUACCAGCACAAAACCUGGGCCUGUAUCACAGGGCAGUCACCUAAGCAGCUGCAUGCAGCAGCUAAGGAACGGCCAGGGUGCCUCAGAGCCAUUGCAGCAGUGGCAGUGAACAUCCAAGAAGCACGCAAGUUCACCCUAGGCCAGAAGAUGACUGUGCUAGUAUCUCAUACGAUAUCUGCAGUCCUUGAGGCAAAAGGGGGGCAUUGGCUCUCCCUACAGAGGUUCCUGAAGUACCAAGCCAUACUGGUAGAACAAGAUGAUGUUGAAAUUGUGGUAACUAACAUUGUGAACCCAGCUUCCUUCCUCAGCGGGAGUAUGGGAGAACCAGUGAUCCAUGAGUGCCUGGACACCAUUGAAGCCACCUACUCAAGCCCCCCAGAUCUGAAGGACACCCCGCUUGAGGAUGCUGAGACCUGAUUUACUGAUGGAAGCGGCUAUGUCAUCAGUGGAAGAAGACAUGCUGGGUAUGCAGUUACCACAAGCAGAGAGGUAAUAGAGUGUGGACCAUUACCAACUAAUACAUCUGCACAGAAGGCUGAAAUAACUGCCUUAACUUGGACUUUAGAGCUAGCAAAAUAUGCAUUUAGGGUAAUUCACGCACAUGGAGCCAUCUGGAAAGAAAGAGGACUGUUGAAUUGACAAGGAAAAAGUAUUAAACAUGCACAGGAGAUAAUAAAACUGUUGGAGGCAGUCCAGCUAUCAGAAAAUGUAGCCAUCAUGCAUAUCAAGGCACACCAAAAAGUGAGCUCUGAAUUGGAGGAAGGAAACGAGCUGGUGGACAGAAAGGCAAAAGAAGCAGCUAAAGGUGAGGUAACUGUUGAAACUGUUGAGGCAACCUUAAUUCCAGAUGAGCAAAUUUUCAUUGAAGGUAAGCCAAAGCACAGUAAAAAGGACAAGAGCGGUGGGCUAUUUCAGAUAAAAGGAAAGGAGGGCUUAUGAUCCCCUUUUACAUACUAUAGUCAUUUGUGAAAGAGGAACAUGAAAAAACACAUUGGGGAAUAGAUGAUUUAUAUAAUUAUUUUAAAAAAAUAGAAUCAUAGCUAAAAAUUUGUAAAGUAUAAUAAUUCAGGUGACUUGCCAAUGUAGCCUUUGCCUCCAAACUAAUCCCAAAAAUAUUUUUAAACCAACGCUUGGGCAGAUUGGGAAAGGAUAUGGACCUGGGCAGCAAUAGCAAAUUGAUUUUUCAGAUCUACCCAGGAAAGGAGGGUACCAAUACCUAUUGGUAUAAACAGAUACCUUUUCAGGGUGGCCAGAAGCUUUCCCUACCAGAACUGCCAAAGAGCAAGAGGUAACUAAAGCACUGUUACAAGAAAUAAUACCAUGCUUUGGAGUCCCAUCCACAAUGUUUUUAGAUAGGGGGCCGUAUUUUAUUUCAAAAACUGUGCUGCAAAUGAAGCGGCAAAUUACAAGACUGGGACAAGAAGCAGUUACCUUGGCCUCUGGCUUUUCCAUUAGCAUUAUUAUGAAUUUGGACUAAGCCAAGAGUAAAAGAAAAACUAAGCCCCUUUAAAAUAUUGUGUGGAAGGCCAUAUGGAAUUUAAGAAGGGACAACACCCACUCAAGUAGAGGAAGAAACCAUAUACAGAUAUGAUGGCCCUAAAUAAACAACUUACAGAAAUAAAGAAACACGUGGCUGCGGCUCAAACCAGAGAACUAGAUAGACUAGUAUAUGAUGUACAGACUGGGGAUUACAUAUACAUUAAGUCUUUUGCAGAAAAAAAGCUUUGUAACCACGGUGGGAGGGACCAUUCCAAGUGCUCCUCAUCACCUUUACUGCAAUCAAGAUCAAGGAACAAAGCACCUGGAUCCAUCACUCCCAAGUGAAGAAAGCUCCUGAGAAACUCUGGAAAGUUAUACUGGGUGAUAAUGAACUAAAAUUAAAACUGUCUUGGGAAAAUAAAUGAUAAGUAUAGUAUAACAACUAUUUGAAAAAUAGGAAAGAUAGUAAUUGUAAUGGAUAAUCAAGUAGGUAUAGCCUGGAAAGUUGUGGCAUUUAUGACCAUUUAUGGCUAUCGCUAUAGCCACAGCUAAUGCAGCACCACUCCAUUACAAUGUGACUGGUAAAUAUAAGUGCCAAGGGAAAGCUUAUGAUUUUGUCUCCCAUACGUCUCUGAUUCAGAUGCUUAAAGGUUACAAAUGCAACUGUGUAGGAAGGUUGGGGAAACUUAAUUUAACUUGUGCGUUUGUAACUUUUCAAAAUUGAAGAAUGUGAUUUUCCUAUUAGGCACGUGUUGUAUCCCACCAACAUAUAAAGGCAAACUUGACUACUGUUCAAGAAAUAUUGCCUGUGCCUAUAGAGAUGAACUUAACUCUAGUUGCACAAUUAUUGAAACACCAUGGAUUAAAGAAAAGAAAACAAAAUGAUAAAGAAAGAGAAGUUUGAUUACAAUGCAUCAUGACACAGAGACUAUGCAGAGUGUAUUUAAAAGUUAGAAGAAGGCCCAUCCCAUCAUUGGUGGGAUGUGCUUUCAGGGUAGUCACCAGCUGCAACUGGUUUGCUCAAUACCUUGCUUUAUUUGAUUAUUGUUUUGUUUAUUUUAGUUGGUAUAAGUUUGUUUUUGUUGGUUAUAAUACUUGUUUGGUAUUAAAGAAUGUGAAAGUGACUAGCAGAUUUUACUUUAAUAUUAAAAGCAUAUAGUACAGUUUUAAAGAACCCCUACUCACAGCUUUGCUAGAUGAAGAAGAAUUUACAUAUUAGUAAAAGAAUUUACUAACUUUGAAGAAGGAGUGGGGAAAUUAAACAUGAUUUUAAAGAGUUAAGAUUUUAGCUAAGGGUUAGAAGCAAUUUAUAUUGAUCAAGAUGUAAGUUAGAUUAGUAAAUGGUAGGUUAAUGAUUAUUAGAUGCCCAAGCUAGAGCUAACUGUUAUAUUAUGAGCUUGUUUAUAGAAAAAGUGGAGUAAGUGAACCGUCAUAAGAACAGAUUGAAACCACUAAGAACAACAGCCAGCACCUGGACUUGGUAUCAAUCAAUCACGAAGCAGGGGACCUAGGAUCGUGCCAGAGGGUCACAGAGACCUGAUGAAGACUCUCCUGACUUCAUCCUUUGAGACCACUGACCCAGUUAAAGACCACCAACCCAAUUCAAGAGAAGAAUUGCGCAGGCACGAAGGACUAAUAGCCUCAUUUUAAUACAGAGCGGGGGAUGGGAGGUGCUGGGGUUAUGCAUAUGUAUUGUAUAAGAUCUUGGAAAAUAAAUAGGGAGCAAAGAGCCUUGUUUGGGGCGGCCACACCUUUCGGAGAUGACUCCCGUGCCGCCUGGCGGUGAAUAAACAUACCACUUUCUAACUUUAAUUAGUUAGAGGGUCUUUGUCCAUGACUAUAUCGGUUUUCAACGACUCA